UCCAGGGUCGAGGCUCCGGGCUGCAGAGAUACCGGAUUCGCUGGGGCCGGUCGGGGUGGGUCAGUUUAGUCGAUCCCACCCUCUUUCUCACAUUUUCUCCCUCUUAGAAUUCAGCACGCCACUUCCCGGAACAGGUCUUUUUUUUAGCUUUUACACCACAGUUUGCUUACGCUUUGCUACAGCUGUUGUUCGCUCGCCAGGUUUGCAGGUGGUUUCAAAUACCCUUUUUCUUUAAUCAGAUUUAUUACAAAAGCAGAAUGCGAGCUUAGCCCUGUGCUCAGCCGAUCUCGCAGCGCUCCUUCUCUAUUACUCACCGGUCGAUCGCUAUGUGUGGACGACUUCGGGCACUCAUCGAGCCGGCGGUGUUCUCGGCUGAAAUCGCCAGUACCCUUUAUGACACGGGGCUUCUCAUGGUGGUAAAGGGCCGCUACAAUGCCAGUUGCAACUCCUCCUUUAUCAACACCUCAGUCAACGGAGACGACCUACAGCAAAAAGCGAUUUCCAACUUCUAUAUGAUCUAUGACAUUAUAUUCGGUCUUAGUCCCACCUUGACAGCUUUCUACCUGGCCAGACUUGGGGACAAGGGGUAUAGGAAGUUGCCCAUUUGUUGCCCUCUUCUGGGGUAUGUGAUCUCCAGAGCCAUGCUGCUCCUGGUGGUGCUACUUGGCUGGCCACUCCAAGUCAUGUUCGGAGCUGUUGCCCUUCAGGGAUUGUCAGGAGGAUUUUCUUCUUACUGGGCAGGGGUCAUGGCCAUAGCCUCGGACCAGAGUAGCGAGAGGCAGAGGUCUGUCCAGCUGGUGCGUGUUGAGGUAGUAUAUGGAGUGGCUGGCUUCAUUGGCAGUAUGGCCUCAGGGUAUGUCUUUAGCAUAGACGCAUCUUCAGAACACCAAGGGAUCAUCCUGGCUGCCCUCAGUGUUUGCUUGUUCUCUCUGAGUUUAAUCUACAGUCUGCUCAUUUUGAAAAUUCCAAGUAGUGAAUUUACUCCUGAGGCAAAUAUUCAACCAGGAAUCAGUUCAGUCAAUUGUGACAUUAAGGACUUUGGUAGCCCGAAGAAUGAGAACCCCUUAGAGAGUUCAGGACAGUCGAAUGAUGGCGACAGAGAGCUUUAUCAAACAUCAGCUACAAGUGCAGUGGGCAGCACUGGGGGUCCUGGAUCUUUUAACAUGACAAACAUCGUACUUCUGUUCAUCGCAGCAGUCCUGUAUGACAUAGCGAAUGGACAGUCUAAGAACAUCCUCAUUUCUUUUGUGGUUAAGAAGCCUCUCAACUGGGAUGCAAAGCAGGUUGGAUAUGGCAAUGCGGCGGACUUUGUGAUCUACCUCACAAGCUUUCUAGGAGUCUGGGGUUUCUCCAGAUGUCUACGGGAUAUCAGUAUGAUUAUGAUUGGCGUUUUUUCAUUAAGCUCUGGGCUUGUGGUCAUGACUUUCGUGAAGAAGACCUACAUGUUCUUCAUCGCCAGAGCUUUAAACCUCUUUGCUCUAAUGACUAUGCCCACCAUUCGGUCCAUGCUCUCAAAACAAGUAGAUGCCUCAUCUUAUGGUAAGAUUUUUGUUCUUCUGGAGCUGUCAUUUACUCUUGCCAGUGUUAUCACUUCACCCAUUUUCACCAAGAUAUACCAAGCCACCUUGGACUGGUUUGCUGGAUUUUGCUUCAUUUUGUCCAGCAUCCUUAGCUUUUUGGCCAUCAUCCCCGUUGGAGUUGUAGCAUACAGAACAAGGCAACAACAAGGCUAUGAGCCAAUACCAUCUUCAUAAUCAGGCGGUUUUCACACCUCUACCUAUAAUUCAUCAUUAGUAUUUUUGUAUGUACUCUAAUAAUAAAUUGACGAAGAAGACUUCCCCCAUGUGGUGAUGGACCUGUGAUUUUGACAUCUGUGACAGGCUGCAGUGGCUGCCUUCUGCUUCUUACUCCACUGCACCGCAGUUUCACAUCUUAAUGAAAGCAACACUAAAGGAAAUGAGAAAAAGAAUUGCUAAAAAACUAAAUGAAGAGAUGUCACGGGCAGCCAACAAGCCUUCUUUCAGCACUGGAAGUCAUUGACCACCAGAGUUCAGUGGCCUUCAGCCAGUUCACUGUAAUUGACUUUAAAAUGCCAUAUGGUACAGUUGUUUUGUUAAAUUUGUAAAAAAUACUUUUAAAAUCUUGGAAUCAAAUUAAUUUCAUAAUUACAUGUUUUUCAUUUUUUAAGCUACUAUAUAAAACUGUUAAAUUAGCAACUUUGAUUCUUUAUCUCAUGGAGAAUUUCACUUGUACUGCCUAUAAAUGGAUACAUAAUUAUGUAAGUAUUUUGUAUGUGCACAAUCACAUUCCAGCAAUACACUAAUCUCUUUUUGUGUUUAUGAUAUUACUUUAAAGGUGACCUUUAAUCUUUCUCUACAAUGUUAAAAGGUGUUGCUCUUAUUUCAAUCAUUCACCUUAUGGUUGAGGCAGAGAAUUUGCGUUUAGUCUGCUGUUGCAGGCGCCACAGAUCCAGUGUCCUAAAUGUGAAUCUCUCACACGGUCACUGUCUGUAUAGAUAAGGCAUGCACUCAUUGUGUUUGUCUGGGUUUUCUUCCAGGUACUCCAGGGUACCUCCACCAUCCCUGAAGAUUUGUGGGUUAGGUGAUAGUAGCAGUAGUAUUAUCGUCAUAUGUGCUGAAUGCAGUGAAAAAUUUUACUUGCAUGUCUGACCAACACAAAACACGCCACCAGACUCUGACGCCAUGAUCAACUGGUGAUUCCAAACUGUCAAAAUGUAAGCGUGAAUGCUUAUUGUGCUAUCUAGCCUCUGUGAGCAGAUUGCUCAGCACCUACUGUACGUAUCAUUUAUCAAAUAACAUGCCUUUAUUUUAAUUGACUUUAAAAUUUCAGACAUCAAAGAGAUUCAAUAAA